AUGGGCAUCCAUGCUGUUAGCGUCAUGCUAGAGGCUCUCAAUAGAGAUGCCCAACAUGCUACUAUCGCCAAGUUCAUUCAAAAUGAACUUGACGCAGAACGCGAGAAAGUAGCCUUGCUUCACCAACAAGGUUCUCAACAAGCAGAGUUGUUGAGAGAACAGGGUGAUCAACAGUUUGAACUGUUGAGACAGCAGCAGGCUGAUGCUGGUGGGUCGAUGCACUCACGUCGACCCGAAACCUUGAAGAUUGACAUCUCCAAGUAUAGGGGAGUCGAAGAGGACUCCCUCUUGAGAUGGUUCGUCGAAUUGGAUGACGCCAUAAGGGCGCGUCGCAUCGACGACGGGGAUAUGCAAGUUGCAUUUGCCCAAUCAAAUCUGGCAGGACGUGCCAAGACUUGGGCACUGGGGCUCAAGUUGCACGACCCAUAUGCGUUUGGGUCGUUAAAAGUCUUCAAGUCGCGGCUCAGACAAACGUUUGAACCGCCUAGAGCUCAGUUCAGAGCUCGAACUGAACUCUUGAAGCUCAAACAAGGUAAACGUGAUGUGCACACACACACACGCGCAACAUAUACGACAUCUCAAGAGUUGUAUAAGUUCCAACCCGGUGGAUGA